AUGCUGCCCACCGCCACCCCCGCCAAUGACUGGCUCUUGAAUAUCCUUGGGCAGAAUAUGGACUGGUUCGUCGAGGAUGUAUGGAGCAACUCGCGGGAGUGCCCGUUGUACACCGAUCUCAACCACGUCUUGGUGAUCUCAAUGGAGAAGGACCACUUUGGCAAGAUAUAUGACUAUUACAUGCUGUACAACUCUAAUACCUGCGCCAUGGAGCUCAGCUCGAAGCAGGCGAGUGAUGAUGCUCGUGCAACUGCACUGGAGCAGGCACUGGAGUUGAACCCGCCCGCCAAGUUUGGCGGGUUCCUCCUCAUGGCUGCGCUAGACGACUUAUAUGGCGAAUGUGUGGCGAGGCCACUCAUAAGCCAGUUCACGGGGAGCCUGGGGUCUGAGGGGCGCUUGGUGUUGGUAGAGGCGGUUGUGUACAUCGACGAUCGCUUCCCUGCCAUGUCCAUCCCCCUCAUAGGGGUGCUUGACUGGACCCAGGGCAACAGUGUCAUACCCGGGCCAUUCGAGCAGCCGGUGCUCUCACAAGUGUUCCCGUACUUCAACCGGUACAAGGUGCCGAGCGACCCAGACACAUGGACAAUGUUCGACAUAUACAGUCCAGAGCUACAGUUGUUCGUCCCCGCAAGGAUCGGGAACACUUUCCCCAUCAAAUUCAAUCUGCAUUGGCUCGCUGCCCCUCCCAUCCUCAAGGUUUCGGGUGUUGAGGUCACGAAGGAUGUAGUCGACCUCACCAACGGCAAGCUCAGGAGGGAUCCAAUGUGCUCGAUGAAGCACACCUUCAUUGAGAUGAGGUGGGUCUGGCCCGUUUGCCUCCAAAAGCCCCGGAAGGUCAUGGACGCGAAUGGAGCAUUGAUCGGAUGGUGGACGGGGAGGCCCUGCUUCUGCGGCUAUCCGUCUCGUCGCUCUCCAGGUCUCGCCAUGAGCGGUAGUACAUUCAUCAACUUGACACUCACACCCCGCUUCGCCUUGCUCCCUCAGGUCUUCACACCCGCCGUCCUGCUCAUAUUCCCCGGUUAG